CCAGGACUUCGACUCGGCUGCAUUGGCUCGCAGAGUUCCAGCUGCUCCUCGGGUCGCGGCCCCGCCCGGCUUGUCACGGAGCCCGGAGCUGGAGCUGCGGGGUGGGGGUCCAGUACUCUAUCCACCAAGUCAUCAGACUCUGCCUCUGGUUGAAAGGAAGUUACUGUUACUCUGUUACUCUGUUACUCUGUUACUUGUCCAUAAGAAUGUUGUGAUAUGCUUUUGAUGACUCAGACUUUUGGUGAAGGUUGCCUUUGGACAGACUAUUCUAGUCAUUCAGAAAAUAGAACCACUGGUGAGGAUUGACAGAGAGACAAUGAAGCAGUUCAGCAAAAAGAGGAAGCGUAAUGUAGAUUCAAAGGACCCUCCGACUCAGGAGAGAGGCAAGGAACAAGCCAAAGAUGACAAGAAACUGAAGAAUGGAAUGACCACUUCUUUUCAUGUAAGUUUAGCUGCUGGAAAGGGGACUUGGUCUUGGGAUCAGUAUUUAAAAGAACAGAAUGCUGUAGCAGCCCCUGCUCAACUCUUUUCUAGGGAUCAGUCCUUUCCUGAGCAUGAAAAUGGUUUUCAAAUUGGAAUGAGAUUAGAAGGCAUUGACCCCCAGGAUCCAUCAAAAUUCUUUGUGCUCUCUGUAGCUGAGGUAUGUGGUUAUCGCCUAAGACUUCACUUUGACGGCUAUUUAAGCUGCUAUGAUUUUUGGACCAAUGCAGGUUCCCCUGAUAUUCACCCAGUGGGGUGGUGUGAAAAGACCAAACAUGAAUUGCACGUCCCUAAGGGUUAUAGAAAGGACAAGGUUGCUUGUGUGGACAACUUGAAGACCUCCAAAUUACAAAAUGCUCCCAAGAAAUUGUUCCUGAGUAGAAAUGUUUUUGGAACUACAGUGGAAGAAUUUCAGGUGGGAAUGAAGCUUGAAGCAGUGGACAGGAAAAACCCUUCCUUGGUGUGUGUGGCCACCAUCGCAGAUAUUGUUGAAGACCGCCUACUUGUGCACUUUGACAAUUGGGAUGACAGCUAUGAUUAUUGGUGUGACAUUUAUAGUCCUUUUAUUCAACCAGUUGGAUGGUGUCAGAAAAAUGGAAGAACUCUGAUAGCACCUCAAGGUCAUCCUGAUCCAGAAAAUUUUUCUUGGACAGACUACUUGGAAGUUACUCAUUCUUCUACAGUUCCGGUGAAAGCUUUUAAGAUGCGAAAGCCUCAUGGAUUCCUAGUGAAUAUGAAACUUGAAGCAGUAGAUAAACGUAAUCCUAGUUUAAUUCGUGUUGCCACCAUCGUAGAUGUAGAAGACCAAAGAAUAAAGGUCCACUUUGAUGGCUGGAGCCACAAGUAUGACUAUUGGAUGGAUGUUGAUAGCCCUGAUAUUCACCCAAUAGGAUGGUGCAAUAUGACAGGUCACCCACUAGAAGUGCCAUAUCGAGAAAGAGAUGAAAAAACCAUUCCAGGCCAAGCUGUUUGUCCCACUCCAGGAUGCCGAGGUGUGGGCCACAUCAGGGGUCCAAGCUAUAUGGGACAUCACAGUGCUUAUGGCUGCCCCUAUUCAGACAUAAAUUUGAAAAAGGAGACAAUGCUUCAGCAUCGUUUGGGAAAAGAAACUCAAGCAAAUUUUGUAUCAGACUCUUCACAAUCAAAAUUGAAAGGUCUUUGUAGUGUGAACUUCAAUGGAAAACAUGAAAAGCUGAACAGUAAACUCAGACUUGUACAGCAGGCAAAGUGUCUGAAAAUCAAAGGAAAAGAAGAUAUUGACUUGGAUAAUUUGUUCAGAGAAUACUCUACAGAAAGUACAGAGCAGGCCCUCCACCAGUCAGUCUUCCUGUCUGCCAUGUCAACCCACCCUUCCCGGGACCUUCCUCUCUGCAGAGAACAACAUUGCAAGCUUCUUCCAGGGGUGGCUGACAUCCAGGCAAGUGAAGUAGCCAAAUGGACGGUUGAUGAGGUGGCAAAUUUUGUACAAAGCCUUCCAGGCUGUGAAGAUCAUUCCAGAUACUUCAAAAAAGAGCAGAUUGAUGGCAAAGCCUUCCUGCUUCUGACCCAGACAGACAUAGUCAAAGUGAUGCGCAUUAAACUUGGCCCAGCAUUGAAGAUUUAUAAUUCCAUCCUGAUGUUCAGGAAUGCUCAGGACCUUGAAGAAACAGAUUCUGCCUCUAGCAAGGUCAUCAGGGAAUAGAUGCACCACACUCUUCUGGACACAUUGAACUUGGGUUAUUCAAGCAAUAAAAUCUGGAAUACUUUCAUUUGAUUUUACCUGGUCAUGUCCAUAAUGAGAAAUGCUUAGUGUGUACAUUUUACACAUUAAAAAGAUUUGGGUGAUGAAGUGUCAAAAACUCAGAAAGCUUUAGGCACAUGCAAGCAUCCGUCAGCAUUGUUAUUCUUUGGCAAAGUCUUGUCACAUCAGACAAACCAAAGAUAUCCACACAUACAUUUUUAUUCUUUCCCUAGAUUCUGUUAAAGAAUCCAUUUCCCCUCUACCAGGCAUAAAACCCUCAAGUGGUGAAAUAUUAGAAAAACAGUGUUCAUAAAUACACUGUUAAUGUUUUCACCAGAACAUCCGAGCUUGGCUCAGAUUUGCCAUCUGGCCUGUAAUGAGUCUGCAAGAGACACAUGGAGGGAAGAAACAAAGACCUGGUGCUUUAAAAAGAUGUCUUGUGAGAUUUUUGUGUACUUUACUCAGGAAAGUGUGAAUGCUUUAAAAAAAAAGAAAUAAAAGAAAAGCACAUGUUUUCAUGAUUCAUUAAUUUUCUUUUUUUGUCCAAGUAAUCAUUUAUUGGUUGCACACUAAGGACUUCUUCAGACUUUAGAAGGGGGAUGUGAUGGUGUAAUAUGACAAAAAUAAGGCCUAGGCAUUUUAAACUGAAACCCUUGUGUGCCUGACUGACAAUCAUCCAUUCCCUUAGUAUUUUAAAUGGUAUAGCAUUGGGAUCUGUUUAUAACACUGUUGUUGGCUGACAGCCUGCCUUUAUAGAUGAACUAUAUUAUGUCAGGCUUCUGCUCUGUGGAAUUGAUCACGUUCAGGGAACGGGACUUGUCCUGCUUUAUGUGUAAUCUGUGCAAUCAAAAGCUGUAUUAUUAUGGGCGAUGGGCCCAUUAUGUUUCUUAAAGUUAAAGAUGUGUCAUCAUACAAGAAUGAUCAGAGGGAGGGACUUGAAAAGAUUUGUCUCCACAUUCAAGUGUUUUGUAAGCUGAUGUUUUCCUCCAAGUGAUUAUACCUGAAACCAAAAUCCUAUGGGAUUCUCCAUAAUUGGUACUUCUUUUCUGCUGGGCACAGCCACCAGGGAAUGGAGAAUACACUCACCUUAAUAAAGGUAUUCCAGGAUAUUUCGUGGGAGGGGAAUGACAGAGAAAUUGACAGAAAAAAUGAUAAAAUUCCUCUAUCAUCUCAAUACUUCUGCCUAGUUUUCUGCUUUUUCUAAUAUUGUGUCUAUUUGGAUAGAAGUGUCAAUAACAGUUUUCUUGAAGAAAAACAUCAUCUCUAAAGUACAGUAUAUAUGCAUUUAUGUUUCCUUGGGGUCUUUGAUUUAGAUAGAAAUUUAAUAUAUUAUUGUUUGAUGUAAAUUUCCAUUUCUGUGAUUUUAUCAAAUCUUUCUAUGGGUAAAUGAAACCCCUGCUUUUACUGUAUUCAUAUUUUAAUAUAUUUUAAAUGCUAAUAAAGAUUGAUAUACAUGAGA